GAGACGCACACAGCAGGUCAACUGCUCCCGACCCGACACUGGUUGUUGUCAGGUCACACCCGUGUCCUUGCGAUCACCCUGACCGCAAGGCUACAGAAAACUGGAUAGCUUCUUAUCCCAGGAUACAACCAUGGGAUCCUUUGGAGACACAGGAAGGGCAGAGCAGGAGGAGGGCUAUGGGUGCAGCUGCAUCCCUCUGCCUUCUUUCCUCCAGCGCCUCCGCACCCGAGAGCCGAGGCCCCGAGCAGGCAGCCAGGAAGGGCAGGAGCAGCUAUUUGACAGCGGAGACUGGAGGACCUUGCAGGCUCAAUGGAGGCAGCAGCUGCAGCUGCAGGUCAUGCAGAAAAAUGUAGAUGCUCUUCUGGAGGAUUUUGGGAACAUACAUACAUUUUUCGCAACAUACAGGACCUUUGCCUCUCCUGGUGAGGUCCUAGAAAUGCUCCUCAGCAGGCAUGGAAAGCUGGAGACCUUGAGCUGCAGAGGAGAUGAAAGUCCAGAUUUCUCAGCGGACUCCAGGGCAGUCCUCAGGAAUCCAAUCAUCUUCUUCUUGAAAACUUGGCUGCACUUCAGCCCUGAAGAUUUCAAAGAGCCGCCGAAGUACCACACACUGCAGAAAGUAAUAGCACACCUGAACAAGAACGUCCCUGGCUGUGACGUUGAAAUGGAGGCCAAACACCUCCUCCACCAGUUUCAAAACGAAGCAGAAAAUGAGAGCCAGCCUGGGGACCAUCCUGUGGACCAGCCAGGAGACCAGCCCAAGGGCCAGCCCGGGGAACUGCCUGAGGUCCAGCCCGGGAAGCAGCCCAAAGGCCAGCCCGGGGAGCAGCCGGAGGACCAACCUGGGGACCAUCCCGAGGGCCAGCCAGGGGCCCUGCCCGAGGACCAGCCCAGGGACCUGCCCGAGGUCCAGCCUGGGGAGCAGCCUGAGGGCCAGGCGGAGGACCAACCUGGGGACCAGCCCGAGGGCCAGCCCAGGGACCAGCCCGAGGCCCAUCUGGCGGACCGACCUUGGGACCUGCCCGAAGUCCAACCCAAGGGCCAGCCUGGAGAGCAGCCCGAGGGCCAGCCUGGGGACCUGCCCGAGGUCCAGCCCGGGGUGCAGCCCGAGGGCCAUCCCGGGGAGCAGCAGGAGGAACAACCUGGGGACCAGCCCAAGGGCCAGCUAGGGGACCUGCACGAGGUCCAGCCCGGGGUGCAGCCCGAGGGCCAGCCAGAGGACCAACCUGGGGACCAGCCUGAGGGCCAGCCCAGGGACCAGCCUGAGGACCAUUUGGGGGACCGACCUUGGGAUCUGCCCGAGAGCCAACCUGGGGACCUGCCCAGAGUCCAGCCCAAGGGCCAGCCCAGGGACCUGCCCGGGGACCAGCCCAGGAACCUGCCUCAGGAAAAGGAGAACGAAGACGCCUACAUCAUUCACUGCUCAGUGCCGAACAGUCAAGGUGUUGUGUACAAAGGCAUUCUGUUAACGAGCCAAGACACAACUAGAGAUGUGAUCUCAAAAAUUAUGAGAAAAUAUGAUCUGGACAUGGAGGAAGCUGGAAACUACCAACUUGUGCAGGUCAUUUCGGAACACAAAGAGCUAGUCUUCCCACAGGAAGCAAAUGUGCUUUCUUAUAUGAACAGCCAGGGGAACGCAGACAUCAGCCAAAGAAGAAAACCAGCUUUCCGUGCCUCCCCAUUGUCUGCUGCAGACAAGAAAAAGAGGAGGCGCCUACCUCGCCUCUUUAGAGGCAGCAGGGUCAGACCCGAAUGAGAGCAUCCUGACAAGGAGCUGACACGAAUACCAUUCUCAGGCUGGGGGAGACUGGGAACCUGUGGGGGGUUGGGGUGCAGGCAUGGGAGGGAUGGGGUCAGGUGGGAAUGGGGAGCAGAAGGGAAUAUAAUUUAUGUUCAGGAGGGAUGUUGGGCACAAGGAGUGGGAGGGAGAGGGGGAAAAUGGGAGGGAGGUUUGUUACAAGGCGGGGAUAAGGGUAGGGUUUUGCAAUUGCAAGAAAGCAGACCCCUGGGUGGGGGAAGGGGUAUAUACCCUUCCCCUUGCCCCCCCAGCCCUGCCGGUGCCCCUCACUCCCAACCCACAGCCCCUUUCCCACCCACCCCCAUACCUCCUGGUGCUCCUCCCUUAUCCUGCAGAGAAUGAAAGUAGCCAUCAAUCCCUUCUUCAAUUGCCCUGAUCCCCCUCAGCCUGCUCACCUCUGCCUGGAGCCCCCUCACCUGCCCCUCCAGGGCCUCAGUCCGGGCACAGGUGGGACAGGCAAGAGACUCCCGGCCCCCACGCUACCCCCAGGCCUCAGAGGUCCCGCCAGGCAGCCCCCGCAGACAGGGCUCAGGGCACUGCCCACCCAUCCAAGGGGCCUGUCUGGGUGGAGGCCUCACAGGAGCUGCGGGCCGGAGGCAGCAGCAGGGCAGGGGCCUUGGCUGCGCUCCGUGUCACUACCCCAUAGUAGCACCCCUCCUCCUUCACUUCCCUGAAGUCUCUGGCAUAAGCCCCCACGUGCUCCUGCCCAUGCCUGGCCUGUGAACUGCAGUCAAACUGCUCCCCUGUUGGCAGUCCCUGUUCGCUGGCUCCCUGGUCACAGCCUGGUCCCCAACAGUUUGUGAUGCACAAACACUCUCGGGAGACGAGGUUAGUUAUAUGCUCAAGACCUUUCCCAGCUUUCAUUGGCAUGCAUGGUUUUCAAACUGUUUUGGGAAGGCUUCUGGAUCAUCUCCAUGUUUGUUGUGAGGGGAGAUUGGUGUGUUCAGCCUGAGGGAGCAGCUGGGGCUCGCUAAGCGCCUGCAACUCCAGGGGUUGACUGCAUCCUGAGUACUGCGAGAUGGUGUUUGCACUUGAACCUGGCCUCUUGGCCACCAUGCUCAUGCUGGCGCUGGGCCUCCUUGUGCUGGCGCUGGGCCUCCUUCUCCACCAUCUCCAUUCGCUUCAGCUCCAGGUCAUGCUUGAGCUUGCGCUCCUCAGCUUCCAGCUGCAGCUGGUAUUUGCACAAGUCCCACUCAGAGGAUGGCCCCUCGGGUUCUGCCUGCACGUGCAGAGGUGAUCUUGCAGGCGGUCAUCAUCACA